CAUUUACAUUUCCUGAAGAAAAUGUUCUUCACCAAAAAAUUGAAAAGAAAUCUACAAAUAUAGCUGUAGGUGAUUGGCUAGCUGUUAUUUAUGACAAUUUGUGGUAUCCUGGUUCAGUAGAAGAAAUUCAAGAAGAUGGUUUUGUGCUGUCAUUUAUGCAUUGUUCUGGAGAUAAAUUUUAUUGGCCAUCACCCGAGGAAAAAUUUACAGUUCCUGAAAAUGAAAUUAUGUGUAUAAUAUCUGAUGCACCACAACCGAUCUCUAGACGCCAUUUCAUUAUUCAAAAUAAAAAAAAAUAUGAUGACAUAUUGAUUAACAUUUUAAAUUCAUAAUGUAAAAGUCAUUGAUCAUGAAAUAAAGUAAAUGUGUUUA